CCUGCAUUAUCAUUCUCUGCGUUACAAAUUCCCAGUGCUCUCCAGAGUGCAUUUGCAGGCUUCGAUAAGCCAACCCCGAUUCAGGCAUGUACGUGGCCUCCAGCAAUAGAUGGCCGGGAUGUAGUAGGUAUCGCAGAGACCGGCAGUGGAAAAACGUUGGCUUUCGGUAUACCCGCCCUGGGGCGUCUCAUAUCGGCGUCCACAAGCAAAAAGACAAAGAUAAAGCAUCAAGCGCGUGUCCUUAUCCUCGCACCGACACGCGAAUUGGCCAUUCAGACAUACGAUACCCUCGUUGCGUUAGGCUCCUCUUCUAAUGUUGGAUGUGUAGCAGUCUACGGCGGGGUUGACAAGGUCCCUCAGAUACGAGCGCUCAAAUCGUCCAACACUCACAUCAUUGUCGGUACACCUGGUCGGAUUUUAGAUCUCGUGAGGGAGGGGUCUUGUGACCUGAGUGGAGUUGAUUAUCUGGUUCUGGAUGAGGCAGAUCGCAUGCUGGACAAAGGUUUCGAGAAUGAUAUUCGAGCUAUCAUCGCGUAUACGAAGGAUUCAGCGGAUCGACAGACUCUUAUGUUCAGUGCAACAUGGCCGGAUUCUGUCAGGAGAUUAGCGGCAUCCUUUCAACGCAAUCCUGUCAGAGUCACGAUUGGAAGCGACGAUCUGACAGCCAAUAGUCGUGUGGAACAAGUUGUUGAGGUGUUCGAUGAUGAUCGGGAAAAGGACUCUCGUCUCGUCAAGCAUCUCCGGCACCUCGCUCCCAAUAAAAGCUAUGUCAUUGAUCCGGAAGCGGAGCGCAUCCUCGUCUUCGUCCUGUACAAGAAAGAGGCUAGCCGCGUCGAGAGCACUCUGAAGAGGAUGGGAUAUACCGUCGCUAGUAUUCAUGGGGAUUUGUCCCAGUCAGCGCGAAUGCAGGCCCUGCAAAGCUUCCGUGACGGCGCUACCAGGCUCCUUGUCGCGACAGAUGUUGCAGCGCGUGGUUUGGACAUUCCAAACGUCGGAUUCGUCAUUAAUUAUAGCUUCCCUUUAACCAUCGAGGACUACAUCCACCGCAUUGGCCGAACAGGUCGUGGGGGUAAGAAUGGGAAGAGUAUUACCUUCUUUACCGGCGACAAACACGAACGUGCAUUAGCAGGAGAGCUUGCGCGUGUUCUGCGCGAUAGCGGAUUCGAUUGCGAGGGACUCCAGAAGUUCCCAAUGGCGAUCAAAAAGAAAACACAUAGUGUUUACGGGGCCUUCUUCCGUGACGACGUGGACAUGACCGUUGUUCCGAAGAAAAUCGUCUUCGACAGCUGA